UUUCAUUCAUUUUUACGGGUAGUUUAUUAACGAAAAAAAGAAUAAAACACCAUGGAGUACCUUACUGGAUUAUCGCAGAAGGAAAACGUUCGUGCCGCGUGUAAAAAGUGCGGCUUUCCGGGACACCUUACCUACCAAUGCCGGAAUUAUCUGACGGUUGAUCCGCAAAGUCGAACGGUUGUACCGGGACAACAGCGUCCCGGCAGUGAAUCCCCGGAGCAAGAUUAUCUCACACCGCUACAGGAAUUACGUCGUGAGGAGGAGGAGCUCGAGAAGCGACGAGAGGAAGAGGCUGAAAAGCGUGAACGCGAACGCAGACCCACGAAGGACGAGGAAACUCGCGGGCGCCACCGACAUGGGCUGAAAAAGAAGAAAAGAAAGAAGGGUACCAACAAACACCGUUCCCGGUCGCGGUCCAGAAGUAGUAGCAGUAGUAGCAGCAGUAGCUCCGACGAUGACGACGAUUCCGAUAGUAGCAGCAGCAGCAGCAGCAGCAGCAGCGAGGACGAACGGAAGCGUAGUAAAAAACGUGACAAGAAAAGAGCCAAAAAGAAGCACAAAAAGACGAAGAAAAGCUACAAACACCACAGCCACAGCAAGAAGACGAAGCGCCGGCAUCGCACUAGUUCGGACCAUUGAUGACUAGAUGGGCGCAGGCCCGAUCUCAGGAGUAGAAACUAACGUGGAUCUCCUCAUUGCAUUGGAAUAAAUGAUAAUACUUGACGUACUUUAUGCAGAUUGGACUUGGUUAAGGCACCAGG